AUGGCAAUCAUCGUCAACACGUUCUACCUCUGGCACUACAUCGCCAACCACCUCUUUGGCAACAAGGAGGCCCAGAUGGCCAAGCUCAGCUUGGUGUGCAUCACAUCCUUCAAGUCCCUCCUCCGCCAGAGGUGGCGCUCCCUCAUGUCCACGCUCACGAGUCACAUCCUGGCCGGACGACCAGUCAACAUCAAGAAUGAGAUGGCCGAGUUCACUACCAAGUGGCACCUCAGCACUCGCAACAGCGACACCCGUCUUCCGCCUCUGCCGCCAACUAUCAACAAAUACUUGGUGGUCGAAUUCAGAGGCCUACAGUAG